UGUACCCAUCUAAAUUUUUAGAGAGCUCUACUAUUUAUAUAGCCGUAGGCAAAGUACAAAAUUGUUCACAUUGAAUUGCUUAUUUAUUUGUUACAAUAAACACAACGUUUGAAAACAUGGACUCGCGGAUUUUUGUUUUGGAUCAACUGAGUCGAGUGCCCAUUCGAUGUCCCGUGGGCAGUUGUCCUGCCACCUUGUCCACCCUGGACUUGCUCAUCCACCUGAAGGACCAGCACUGGUCGCCGUCCACACUGGAGAGGCACCUGCAAGUGGCCUACGAGGGAGAGCGCUGCAUCCUGUCCUUCGAUCACCUUAAGCUGCCGCCACGAACAACGAUCUGUCUGGGCGUGAUCCUGUUUGCCGGUAAGCGCGGAAUCGGGGAGAGACUGCCAGGGGAACGGGGACUUUGCCACCGGAAUCGAUUGCCCUCGAAUUUGGGAUGGGAGCCACUGGAGGAUCACCUGCCCAUCAUGGUCUUGGCCAGAAGGUGUGCCUUCUUCGAGUGGUUGACGCAGGACAAGAGAUCAAAAUCAGGGGACGAAAUUCCCGGUCAUUGGUAUUACCAAUUUAGAGAUCACGCAGAUCAGAGCAGGCAGCGAAGGAAGGAGGAACUGCAGAAGGAAGAGGCAUCCUGCCACUCACACUUCAACACUGGAGAGCCCUCAAAACCAACGAGGGAGAAUCAAGCCAAUGGAAGUGGAAGUCAGGACCACCAAGAACCCAGGAACCAGUUUGUGGAUCUCGGCGGCAAGGAUUCUCAAGAUCGGAAGAGCAAGGAAAGGAAGGACGAGGGGCAGAAGGACCUGGACAUGUAUCUCAUCUGGACACAGAGUGUGCCGUGCACCAAGCCUCUGUACUUCUCCAUCACCGCCUACGAUCGCAUUAUGUCCGAGGGGAGGAGCGCCCUGCGAUUGGUGGCCAACUCCGGCAUGAUUCGUCCGGAAGUGGAUGGCAAGCAGCUGCCCAAGGCCAGGAACUCGUUGUGGCUCAACCAGCAGGAAGUCGAAGAUUUGAGUGGCACAGAACGCAUCCUUCGACUAGAAAUGAUCCUGCAGGAGGACCUGGAGUCCGUCUGAUAAAGGACUCCGCCCCGCCAAGGAUCCUCCAGCUCGCAUCCUUUAUGCGCUGUCAUAUCGCAUACUUUACGGCUUUCAGGGCGAGUGCUUUCGUACAUUUGAAGUGAAUUUAUAGCGCAACUUGCUUGUAUAAUGGCAUUUACUUUAUGCAAACAUCGCCGAGGAGCGGAGCCUCAAGGAGUCGUGCUGCAGGAUUCUGCAACAAUUAUUGCCCCACUCGUUAAAGCAAACUGCACAGGAUACAUCCCCCGUCCAUUCCCCUUCCGUUCCCUUCCCGCUUCUCUCCUCGUUUUCCCCCCAGAAGGACUCCUGCUUAUUCGAAAGUAAUUAGCAUAAAAAUAAAUACCACUCAUUAAGUCA